CAAUCCGGACGAAAUGGCCAUCCCGUUUAGAAUGAAGUGGGCCGCGACGGCACGGGACGCGGACGGGACCGGGACUGGACGGACGUUGGACAGCCAUAAAUUUACACAACAUAGAGCGCCAAAAGACAAAUAAAACCAUUAUCUUCCACCCUUUUCACCAUUAAUUAGUAGCACUGUAUUUGUGCCAAGGCAAAGAAGAAAGAAUGAACACUUUCUGGGUUACCCUCUCUGCUUCUGUUAUCGUCGUCCUUCUUUCCAUAGCCUCACUUCCUUUUCUCAACAACAACGCCAAUUACUUGAAACUUGCAGACUUGCGGAGAAGUUCAAGUGAAGUUGCAGAUUUGGUAGUGACUAAUGGGACUAUUUACACCAGUGAUGACUCUCUCCCUUUUGCUGAUUCGAUGGCCAUUUCCAAUGGCAGAAUUCUCCGUGUUGGCAACUACUCUUCUAUAAAGAAAUUGGCAAGGACUUCGAUUAAGGAGCUAAAUCUACAUGGAAAGAUUGUGGUCCCUGGAUUUAUUGAUUCCCAUGUGCACUUCAUCCCUGGGGGAUUACAGAUGGCACGAGUGGAGCUUCGUGGAGUAAAUACAAAAGAUCUUUUUGUGGAAAAAAUUAGAAAAGCAGUUGCAAAUGUGAAAGAAGGUUCUUGGUUACUGGGUGGUGGUUGGAAUAAUGAUAUUUGGGGAGGUGAUUUGCCAAUGGCCUCGUGGAUUGAUAGUGUUACUCCGCAUAAUCCAGUCUGGUUAGCAAGGAUGGAUGGUCAUAUGGGUUUGGCUAAUACGUUGGCUCUAACACUUGCUGGUAUUUCGCGUAACAACGAGAAUCCAAAUGGUGGAGCUAUCAUUAGAAAUAAUGACGGGGAACCUACUGGUCUGUUGAUUGAUUCUGCUAUGAAGCUUGUCCUUCCCCACAUCCCAGAAGCCUCAGUUGAUGAAAGGAGGGAAGCUCUGUUUAGAGCUAGCAGCCAUGCAUUGAAGAGGGGUGUUACAACAGUUGUGGAUUUUGGCAGAUAUUUUCCAGGGUCUUCACCUGAGUACCCGUGGGACGACUUUUCAGAUGUAUAUAGAUGGGCUGAUUUAUCCGGAAAUAUGAUGACCAGAAUUUGCUUAUUCUUUCCAAUGGAGACAUGGUCACGGUUAGUGGAUCUUAUGAGCAAGUCAGGCCGCGUGCUGAGCCAAUGGAUUUAUUUAGGCGGUGUCAAGGCUUUUGCUGAUGGAUCUCUAGGGUCUAACAGUGCAUUCUUUUAUGAGCCAUAUGCUGAUGAUCUAAACAAUUAUGGGCUACAAGUAGUGGAUCUGGAUAGUCUAUACAACAUGACUCUUUCUUCAGAUAAAUCUGGCCUUCAGGUUAGCAUCCAUGCUAUAGGUGACAGAGCUAAUGACUUGAUAUUGGAUAUGUAUGCUUCUGUGGCCUCUGACAAACAAAUUAGAGACCGACGAUUUAGAAUUGAGCAUGCUCAACAUUUGGCCGCAGGAACAGUGGCUCGUUUUGGUGAACAAUCUGUAGUUGCUUCAGUGCAGCCAGAUCACUUAUUGGAUGAUGCUGAUUCUGCAUCUAAAAAACUUGGGUGUGAAAGGGCUGAAAGAGGAUCUUAUCUAUUCAAGUCACUCUUGACCAAGAAUGCACAAUUGGCAUUUGGCUCGGAUUGGCCGGUAGCAGAUAUUAAUCCUUUGAAAAGCAUUAGGACAUCGAUGAAGAGAGUACCUCCUGGUUGGGAAAAGGCUUGGAUUCCAUCAGAGUGCUUGUGUCUCAAAGAUGCAUUAAAUGCGUACACCAUUUCGGCUGCUCAUGCUUGUUUUCUUGAUAAAUAUGUUGGAUCAUUGUCUCCGGGAAAAUAUGCGGAUUUUGUCGUUCUGUCAACUAACUCAUGGGAAGUCUUUGCAACUGAAGUUUUUGCUGAUGUUGAGGCAACAUAUGUAGGUGGCUUCAAGGCUUACUCCAUAAGACCUGAAGAUAAAAGUGAAUAGAACAGGAUAUGAUAAUUAUGCUUAAAGGAACACACAUAAUGGAAGCCAUUGUGCCAGCCAAGAAGCACGAUAUGCUAUUUAUUGAACUUGGCUUCGCUUUUAUUACGAGUCCUAAAACUGUUAGUAGACAGGAGUGUGAAUUUGAUUUGUGAAUAUUCUUUGGCUUUUAUGUAAUGAAAGUGAAUGUUUUUCCUUUUCAA